CCGAGUCUGGCAGUCGCAUUCCCCCAGGCUAAGUAGACGCCACCCUCUCUGCCGCCUCCGCGUGUUCUCGAGUCCAUUGUUUACGCCGAAGGGCGUGUUGCAGACCCCCGACGUGUGUGUGCUGGUGCCUAGGGUGUGACCCCGUGCCUCUACACCAGGCAGCCACAACCGUGAAACUCAUCCUGAGAAAUGCAACAGGACAACGUGUGAGAUCUUCAAGGUUAAGGACACAGCGGAGAUCAGGGAGUUGAGUGAGAAGAACACUUGUGUUAUAUCUAUAGUGAUCGAUGGCUGGUGCAUCUUGGGGGUUUUAAAAGGUGAUUUUUUUGGGUGUGUGUGUAAAACUUGCGCGUCUUAAGAAUCUCGCUCUGGAGCCGUUGUGGUGCUUUUACACCUGUUUGUGGAGUCGUCAAUAGUGUGUGUGUGUGGUGUGUGUUAACUGGCAGGAAAUCGUUGUGGGAUCUGGUACUGUUGCAUGAUGGCCAUGUCCCCGCUGAACGUCGGUAGCCCUUCAGAGGCCCUGAAGCGCAAGUCUCCAGACGACACACAAGGCGUGGUGCUCUCGCUGCGUAAACACCACGUUACGGGCCCUCUCUCCCUCACCACCUCCAACACCACCCAGGUCUUCUCCUUCAUCGAUGGCCAGAUCAUGCACGACGAUGUUUGUGAUGACGUCGUCGACGACGUCGUUGAUGACGUCGUCGACGACGUUGAACGACGAGGAACGCGUGGGCGGGCACCCGUCCAGCCUGGGGCCAAUCACGAGCAUCGGGGGCGUGGGCGGGUCGGCGUCGUUCGCUUCAGCGCCCAGGAUACACACGCCCACCACCGACUUCCAGCCGCCCUACUUCCCGCCUCCCUACCUGGGCACCGAGAACCAAAUGACGACACACCACCCGUCCGCCGACCCCUACCAGCUACACUCUCUGCCCGCCAACUACACCACCUACACCUCGGCCACACUCCAGAACAGACACGAGGUGCCCCGGAGGGAGGACCCGCUCCAUGUCAGCGGCCAGGUCGGUCUGUACGACAGGAGCUACGCCAGCGUGGACCGGGCGGGCGCCGUCCUCAUGGGCACGGCCAGACACGAGGACAUUAUCCUCAGCAACACUAUACAUCCUCACGCCAUAGAAGAGCCGGUACAGGCUAAACGAGCGAUCGCCAGUCAGCAGUUCGCCGAGCGUGGCCUCUUUCUGGAAGGCGUGCUCGAGUCGGACACGGGGUUCACCGGCGAUAUCUUUAAGCACGACGGUUUUGGCAAGAUGGGAGAUCACAUGAUGAAGGAAAACCUGCUAGGUCCAGCCAUCCCCACGGACGUGUUCUGCUCUGUGCCGGGCCGUCUCUCCCUCCUCUCUUCUAACUCCAAGUACAAAGUUACGGUGGCGGAGGUCCAGCGACGACUCUCCCCUCCAGAGUGUCUCAACGCCUCCAUCCUGGGAGGCAUCCUUCGUAGAGCCAAAAGCAAGAACGGCGGACGCAUCCUUCGGGACAAGUUGGAGAAGAUCGGCCUCAACCUGCCGGCGGGGCGGAGGAAGGCUGCCAACGUCACCCUCCUCACCUCUCUCGUCGAAGGUGAGGCCAUCCAUCUGGCGCGAGAUUUCGGGUAUGUUUGUGAGACUGAAUUCCCGGCCCGCCAGAUCGCGGAGUACUUGUGUCGUCAGCACUCAGACCCCGCGGAGCAGUACCGGCGCAAAGAUCUAAUUCUCGCCACAAAGCAAAUUACCAAAGAACUGAUGGACCUGCUGAACCAGGACAGGUCGCCGCUAUGCAACACUCGGCCGCAGAUCAUCCUGGAGCCGUCCAUCCAGCGACACCUCACACACUUCUCCCUCAUCACUCACGGCUUCGGCUCUCCCGCCAUCGUCGCUGCACUCACGGCUAUCCAGAAUUUCUUGACGGAGUCACUGAAGCACCUUGAGAAGUCCUUUCCCUCCUCCAAUUCCCACCUCACCGUCACACCCUCCAUAGAUCUCAAGAACAAGGAUAUGGACAAAAAAUAACGGUGUGGCCAUAUAACUCACUUCCCGCCCUCCACCUACACCGCCGCCAGCCAGCCGCCGAGAGUCAAAGACUACGAGACAUUCCUCAAUUUAUGUUAUGGCUCGUAGAGACGCAAACUCUGCUAAAGAUUGCUGUUGUCAGCCCAGCGCGGUCUUCAAUUAUGCCUCAAUUUUUAUUUUAAAGAAUCAAAGCUCCCCCUUUUGAAGACUCGCUGCUGACACACGACCGGAGAAUAAUUUGUCACAUGACUCGUUGAGCUUGGCCUGACGGUCUGUUUUGUAAAUAAAACUUUAUAGGCUUUAAGGUUGAUACACGGUUGCCAUGGAGCGAGCGCUGUUCUGAUGGCAACGGAAGUGCAAUAACGCACAAGAGAUAGUGCAUAAUACUCAGCUUUGUGGAAACGUAUGGAAAAUAAAGACUAUAUAGAAGUGAUUUCUGGGAAAUUUAUUUAAGUAAUUUCACCUCUUCUAAGAGGUUUAAUGAAUCUCACAAUCAGUAGAAGAUUAUAAGUGUAGUGUGCUAAGGUUUGUACAAAUGCCAUAUUGCCAUAUUUUAUUUUGACUGAUAAGGUUAUUAAACACCCACUAUUCACAACUGCAGUUUAUAGACAAAUUUAGUUCGCGGAUAUUUGGAUACAAAGCGAGACGGUGUUCAGCUAUUUCAUGUGCCACUCAUGAUACCCAGAUUGAAAUUCUAUUGUGAUGCUCUACCAUUUAACAGUAUUGUUUACCGAAUACUUUGUUUUGUAUCUAGUAAGUAGCCAAACUUUGUACGUUAGUAGUGUCAGGGUGAACGACCCUCUGAGGUUUUUCACAUCCAAUACAUAUCUGCCAAAACAAUGUACCAAGUGCAAUCUCUUGGCGAUGUGAUUUAUAAAUUAGGCAAAUGGGCGUCUUUGAGAGCAACUGACUAGUUAUGCGAGGGAGGCUAGGCAAGCCUCUGUAGGUGUAAUAUUUUGUUGGUUACUCAAGUCGAUCCAUGUUUUGUACAGUGUAGAAAGUACCUACAGACUCUAUUUCUCUCUGGAUGGGACUCUCUCACCUAACCUCUUGGCUGGGAGUAGUAUAGUGUUAAUCUUAUGUAGGUGAUAGGAGCCAAGCCUCUCAGACGCGAGUUUUAAAGUGUCCAACAGGCAUGACAAAGUUAUAUAUAUUUCACUUCCUAAUCUAUUUUCUCUUUAUACUGUCAAAAUGUCUCUCUUUUUAGCUGUUACUUUUGUUGAAUUCUCCAGUUUUGUUAUAGAGAUGUGAAUAGUACAUGAUCUCUCAAAAGUGAUCUGCAUCUUUUCCCAAGUACAAUAAAGGGCGUGAAAUGAACUCGCUCAUAUUUAUAAGCUGCUUCAGCACAUUUUUUUCUGUACAAUGUUUGCUUGUAAUUUUUUUUUUACAUUUCUUAUCAUAUCACUGCUUAGUAUCAGUAUUUAGUUUCACUAGUCUUGCUCACCGUUCCUUUGUAUUCCUCUUACUAAGCGUAGGAAACUUUUUGAUCGUGAAUUGCCAGUUUUUUUUUCCUGUGUGGUUUGUUGGAAGGACAGUACUUCGGUAUAUCUUUUAAGACAUUUUAGAAGGCUGUUUUAUUCUCAUUUCCUGCUACAUUAUAUCCCAAAAUAAGGGUGUGUGUGGGUGUGUGUGUGUGUGUUAUAACUUCACUGUGAUCCCUUAGGAACCCAGUGUAAUUCAAAAUAUUUUUCUAUUUUUCCUUGUACACAAGUGAACGAUGUGAUGUAUGUACUUAGUGUAUGUGUUGCCAUGAAUGUGUAUAAAUGUGGCAGAGAUAGCAAUUCUGGAUUUUGGGUGAUUUUCCAUUUCUUACUAUAAUAAAAAUUUUAUUCAAUGUAAUAACACCCAGAACUCUUAAUUGAUGUUUAUGUCGCAUUUUCUUGAAUCUGUUGCGAGUCUGACCCAGUGGUUUACUUUGGGUCAUGGUGACAGUAACCCCUAUUGUUUAUAUUCUGUGCUUUGAAUAUUGAGAUUCUCAAUAAAGACAGCAAGGGCUCUGGGUAAGAUGCAGCCAAUACAAACCUCAUAUCAUAGGCCUACUGUGGGCCUAGUUUAUUCUACUUACUCCAUUUUACUCCCUGCCCUUCCAAAUGUCUGCAAAUAUGGCGUUGCUCAGACACCUUUCUUCUACAAAGGAAAGAUUUUUUGUUGCCCAAUUUCAUGUAAUGUUAUAUUAUUAAAUAAGGUAUUUUAUACUGUGCCACGCCCCUGGCACAUGCUCUCCACAACCUGGUUGUUUUGUGUGUUCCUCCAUAAAGGAUGGUACCAACGUGUUGUAUAGUUUAUCUGUCAACUUGAAAUAAUUUUAAUGCUAAAGGAUGCCAUAUGUAGAAUAAUAAUAAAAAUCUUAACAAGACUA